UAAUUACUGCCGUUUCAGACUCCAAAAUAUUCGACUUCUUUUAUAAUACACAAAUGAUUGGUACCUAAUAUGCCACUAUUUAAAGCCCAUAAAUACUAGAUCCUCAGAAUUCAAUUAUAUCUAAUCUUCUAAAACACCCAAAAUAUAUUCAAGGAGAGAAAAAAAAAAAGGAGCAAAAGAUAAGUUAUUAAGAAGAAGAGGAAAAAUGCCAGCACUAAAUAUUACAACAAAUGUGAAGUUGGAUGGAGUUGAUGUUGAACCCAUCUUUUCUGAAGCUGCUGCUGCUGUUGCUUCUAUAAUUGGCCGACCCCAACAUUUGGUGAUGGUGGUGCUGAAAGGAUCAGUUCCAAUAUCAUUUACAGGAACAAAGGAGCCUGCAGCUUUUGCACAAUUAAUAUCAAUGGGUGGAAUUGAUAAAGUAGUAAAGAAAAAGCUAAUAAAGAGUCUUGGAAUUAUCCUUGAAACUCACCUUUCUAUCCCUCCUACUAGAUUCUUUUGCCAUGUUGUUGAUACUACUGCUGGUCGUCAGCAAUCUAAGCUUUGAAUAAGUUAUGCUUAUGCAUGGUGAUUAAUUGAACAUCAUCUUCUUUGCUUAAAUUCAACUUAAAAUGUACCAAUUGGAAUAGAGCUAGCUAGUGUGUGGUAGAUGGCUAAGUUAUUGGUUAGUUCAAUUUUUAUUUUUAAAAACUUUUUGUAUUAUGAGUUAUGAUUCAAGGGUUUCAUCUCAAGAUCUAUGUCGAAAUUGAAGUGAAUUUUCAUGUGA